AUGUGCUAUCUCCUCACUUUCUGUUUCUCUCUAUCUACCUCCUACGUGUUCCCUCUCACUACUGUGUUCCCUCUCUCUCUAAAUCCUCCGCGUUCCCUCCCCCUCUCUCUAAAUCCUGUGCAUUCCCUCUCUCUCCCUAAAUCCUGUGCAUUCCCUCUCUCUCUCUCUACCUCCUCUGUGUUUCCUCUCUCUCUCUCUACCUCCUCUGUGUUUCCUCUCUCUCUCUCCUACCUCACUCUCUCUGCGUUCACACUCACGCACUCUCUCUGCGUUCACACUCACGCACUCUCUCUGCGUUCACACUCACGCACUCUCUCUGCGUUCACACUCACGCACUCUCUCUGCGUUCACACUCACGCACUCUCUCUGCGUUCACACUCACGCACUCUCAUGCACUCUGUGUUCCUCGCACUCUCUCUCUCUCUCUGCCCUGUGCGUUCCUUGCACUCUCUCUUUUUCAUAGAGACAGUAUUUUGCAAACCAUGA